CCUACAGGUAGGUACCUAACCUUUAGGAGGUAGAUAACCUACCUCUUAAGUACCUCAAGUACCGUACCUAACAUACUUGUAAACAUUUUGAAUUUUGGGUGGAGUGGCUGGCUUUGUCAACUCACUCAUACAUUACAUAUUACAGAAAAAAAACAUCCACUUGUCAUGGAGCAGGAAACACCACCAGCUGGUUCAGCUUCUAAUAAGAGACGUCGUCUUGUUCCACUUGCACCGGCCCCGGCAGGUAGUUCAGGUCACGGUGCCUCGGCAGGUUCUGGAUCUAAAGGGAGGAGACAGGUUACAGCCGCGUGCGAGGCAUGUCGGAAGAGGAAGUCAAAAUGUAACGCUGAGCGCCCAAAGUGUAGCCUCUGCCUGAGACACGGAUCCGAAUGCCGAUACGCUACGGCUCCUGCAGAGACUCACUCCCAGGCCCUGAAGAGGAAACACCAUGAAUUACAAAACCGAAUAACCCCCUACGAGGAAUUAUUCGGUCUGCUCAAGACAAAAUCCGAAACCGAAACCCUCGAGAUCCUUCGGAGAAUCCGGACGGGUGAUGAUGUUAAUUCUAUCCUGCGUCAUGCAAGGGAUGGGGAUCUCCUCAUACAGCUUUCCCUAGCCCCUGAAGCUCGUCGUCGGUACGAAUUCCCAUAUAUUCGCGAUAUGCCUUCCUACAUCCUCAUGUCAGACAACCUCUACCUACGGUCAUUUGUUUAUGAGACUACGUUUCGUGCCCCUCCUACUCAUGGAUUUGAAACUGAAACUCAACGUGAAGGGUACGGCGACGAGAGAUACCUCAAGCCCUAUCAUGCGGCUCAGGUUGUCGAACCCAGUUUCGACGAUGUAAACGUGUCCAAAUGGACUAGCGUGUCGUCGGACAACCAUUUACUGAGAAGAUUGCUCACUUCCUACGUAUUAUACCAGCACCCUUGGACUGCAGCUUUUCAUAUCGAACCUUUCAUCAAAGACAUGAUUUCGGGGCGAACCGAUUUCUGCUCAUCUUUACUAGUUAACGCCGCGCUUGCCGCUGCAUGUCACAUGUGUCGAGAGAUCCCGGAUCGUAAUAAGUUCUGGGUUCCCCAGACUCUCGGUUACCGGUUCAUGGCCGAAGCGAAAAGACUCUGGGAAGUUGAGAGCCGGAGGAAUACUGGUAGCCUACCCACAAUCCAGGCCGCUAUAUUACUCGGCAUCGUAUCUACCACUACGGCCAUGGAUAAGGUUGGCACGUCUUACCUUCUGCAGGCGAUGGCCAUGGCGGAGGAGAUGGAUCUGUUUAGUGCCCGCGUCGGUACGGACGACCAAUCGCUGCGAAGAGUUCGAGCUUUCACAGCCUGGGGGAUCUAUACCUGGCAAGCCUGGCAGCGUUUCUACUUCUCCGCGCCGCCCCAUCUCAAGAAAGCCCCCGAAUUCCCGCUGCCAGACCCUGUGACCGACCCAAAAUUUUACGGCGAGAUCUGGAUUCGAUAUCCGAUGAGCCCUAGGCUGCACUCAGUAGACCUGGGCCACCUUAUCAAAGCAAAUUUCGAACUGCGGCACCUAAUGAACCAAAUGGCGCUGGAAUUAUUCGAGGAGGGCAAAGCGCCUUGCAUUAGUGUUGAGAAGGCGCUCGAGUGUAAGUCCCGGCUGGACAACUGGUUCGUUAACCUUCCCGACGUUUUAUCGCCUACGAAGAUCGUAUUCCCAGAUCAUAUUAAAAUCCACAUCGAGUACUACGGCAACAUGAUCACGCUCAUUCGCUUCCUCAGGCAACCCGGGUUUACGUUAGACCUCACGUGGCACAACAUAAUCACGCACGCCGAAGUACGUCUCGAGACACUCCUCCGGCUAUACUACCUGCGCCACAGCUUCGAGGGCUACGACCCGCUGAUCAUGCACUGGCUGCUGUUCCUGGGCGACGCGACGUUACAAAAGAUCGACAAAUCCGGCAUGCCGGUGCCCCCAGCCAUAGCCGCGCUCUCGCCCCCCGCCGACAUCGAGUCGCUGCGGUCGACGCUGAUCCUGUGUGCCAAGGGCCUGUACGACCAAGGGCACAACUACCACAUCGCCGUGCUCGUGUACCGGAUCCUGCGCGACCGCAUGAAAGCCAACGACCUCGACCUCGUGCGCACCCACCUCUUCUCCAACCAGGGCCCCCGCGACGACGACAUGCCUCUCAUGACGCAGUACGUCCAGGCCCAGUGGGUCGCCCCCAUCCUCACCCGCGACAAGGACGCCGGAGAUCCCAGCAGGAACACUCUCGAUUACCUCCUCGGAGAGUACGAGAAGCUCUCCCUCGAUCGCAGCGGCGUCGUCGAGGAGAUCAGCGAUUCUAGCAGCAAUGCUUCGUCUGCCGAGCGGCACUCUCCUCCGUGACGUGUCUACUACAUGCGCACCUUGGAAUUUGUUCUCUUUGUUUAUCAGAGUAUAGCGGCAGGUUACCUUGACUGUAGUGGCCUCGUGGAAUAGGCUAAGAAAUGAGUUACGAUAUAUGGAGCUGCUGUAUGUUAAACGUUGUAACGAAGAGCUAUGUAUGAUGGAUGGCGAUAGCGUCGACUUGUCAACGAUGAUUGGGGUUAUCGAGGUGAGUAAACCGGCUAGCAAAGAUUGGGUCAUGGAAAUCUUUGGAAAUGUUGGUGUCAAUGUCAAUGUCAAUGUCAAUGGUAACUGCGGAACAGAUGACAGAGGCUGGCUGGUUUAAAGAGGGGUAGGGGCUUAGAAUACACGAGUAGAACCGGACGUGCUUUGAUAUCUAAAGUACCUCUCACUCUGAAGAGGCUAUAUAACGCCUUUGAAUUGACCGUUGCGUUGAUUUUCAA